UUGUUGUUAUUUUUGUUCCUCACCUUUUUUUGGAUCGGGCCCGGGCGGUCCCCGCGGCUCUUGGCAGCGCGCGCGGGGGUGGCAGCGCGCGCAGGGGAGGGACCCAGGGAAGCGCAGACCUUUUUUUUUUUUUUUGAGUAAAGGGAGGGACCGGGUGGACCACGGUUCCCGAGGCGCUCCGGGAGCCAGCGAGCAAGAAGUGCGGAGCCAGGCGCUCAGGGAACCCGCGCGGUUCCCAUCGGGGUGAUCAGCAGCGCCCCUGGAGAUCCGUGCCACUCCAGAACCAAGGCCCGGCACGGGGAGCAGCUCCGGGGAGCGCAGCCCCUUUGGAACGAUCGCUUGGAGCGCGCUGCAGCCGGGGAAGAAAGACACCCUGUUUCCUCUGGGGGCCCCACCGCGGAUCAUGUACCAGGAUUAUCCCGGGAACUUUGACACCUCGUCCCGGGGCAGCAGCGGCUCUCCUGCGCACGCCGAGUCCUACUCCAGCGGUGGCGGCCAGCAGGUAGAAAUUAAUUCCGCGGUAGAUAUGCCUGGCUCAGGACAGUGCUUUUCAUCCCUACCAUCAACGCCAUUACCACCCAGCCAGGACCUCCAGUGGAUGGUGCAGCCCCACGGUGAUCACCUCAUGUCCAACCCGUACCCUCGCUCGCACCCCUACAGCCCCCUGCCAGGCCUGGCCUCUGUGCCCGGGCACAUGGCCCUCCCGAGACCCGGCGUGAUCAAGGACCAUCGGCGACCACUGUGGGCCGGGCGGCGGCGAGAUGAGCAGCUGUCCCCUGAAGAGGAGGAGAAGCGUCGAAUCCGGAGGGAGAGGAACAAGCUGGCAGCCGCCAAGUGCAGGAACCGACGCCGAGAGUUGACGGAGAAGCUUCAGGCGGAGACAGAGGAGCUGGAGGAGGAGAAGUCCGGCCUGCAGAAAGAGAUCGCUGAGCUGCAGAAGGAGAAGGAGAAGCUGGAGUUCAUGCUGGUAGCCCACGGGCCUGUGUGCAAGAUCAGCCCUGAGGAGCGCAGGUCACCUCCGGCCCCAGGGCUGCAGCCCCUGCGUAAUGCGGGCACCAGAGCUGGGGCCGUGGUGGUGAAACAGGAGCCCCUGGAAGAGGACAGCCCCUCAUCCUCGGCAGCGGGGCUGGACAAGGCCCAGCGCUCUGUCAUCAAGCCCCUCAGCAUCCCUGGGGCCUAUUAUGGGGAGGAACCUCUGCACACCCCCAUCGUGGUCAGCUCCACGCCCGCUGUCACCCCGGGCACCUCCAGCCUCGUCUUUACCUACCCUAGCGUCCUGGAGCAGGAGUCGCCCGCCUCACCCUCGGAGUCUUGCUCCAAGGCUCACCGCAGAAGCAGUAGCAGUGGGGACCAGUCUUCGGACUCCUUGAACUCGCCCCACUCUGCUGGGCUCUGUAACCCGCUCCCAGCCUGUCCGCCCAUCACUGCCUCCUGCCCAGGAACCAGCACCUUGCAGCACUCCAGGGCCCCCCAAGGGCAAGGGGAGGGGAUCCUGGCAGAGAAUUCCCCGGAGGACCUGGCUGUGAGGAGUGUGGGGACUCGGAUGAUCGCCUGGAGAUCCUGGGAGCUCUUUUUUUCCCCUUAUUCAUCUUGCAGCGAAAAUCCUGUUUCUUGAAAAGCCUCGGAGAAACUUGGGUGUGGCCGACUCGGGGCUCCCUCUGGCUUCUGAAGGGCCUGAGCUGGGGUGGCCCCUUUCUGACCCUCUGUGACCACUAUCUCUGGAGUGAUGGCACCAUCCCUAUCCCUUCACCACCAUGCAUGCUCAGUGCCUUUGUUUUCACCUCCUCUCUGUGGCCUCGACCUCCCUCCCAGGGUCAGUUUCUCUUCUUUUGGGUUUUUAUACAGUUUGCCAUGACAUUUCAUUCUCUGGGUGGCCUGAAUCUUCCAGCGCUUCAUUUCUGGAGAUGAGAUGGCAGGCGACAUUUCUGCGGGCACUGACUUGUCCAGAGGAGGACAGUCCAUGUGCAACAUAGGACCGUCCCACCCCAGACAAUCUCUGAGCCCCAGCAACAUCUUUGGAAGCAGCAGUGAGGCCCAGGGCCCUUGAAGAAUUGUGACUGUCACCACACAGUGGACCUUCCUCCUGACCUCGUCCUCGGAGAUCUUUCUACCCUGGGGAGCGGGUGGCUU